AUGCUACCGACCAGAUUCCCUGACAACAAUCCGGCCACGCCCCGCCCGCGCCGUGCACGCCUCUCAGAUGACACGCUUCCCAGUUCGAGCUCACCAACGCCUCAACAUAUUCGAGCAAACAUAGACGAAGUUCUCGAAAACCUUAAUGCUCACUGGGACCUAGGCCUUCCUCGACUAAGAGGCGCCGCCGCCGUUCAGCUUGAAUCAACUCAGGCGCUUGCCAAAAGAUGCUCUGCUCGCUUGAGAUACUUCUGCUACCGAGACAUCGACCUCAACCUGCUGCUGGCAGAAUUUGAGAGCAGCGCUAAGCUUAUUUACUCCAAAUGGGUGUUCAAGCCCCUCGCCGAAAGCAGUGUUACCCCAAGUCGAAGCACCGGUGAUUCGGCGCUCUCGAAAGCAGUGUUGAAGGGCAAGCGUCCUGCCUUGACUGCAGCACAGCGAAACGAUCUCCUUCGGUGCCUCGACAGUGUUCUUGAAGACCCCUAUGCGCUAUCGCGACAGUCCGAUAGUUUUUCAUUGCAGACUCAAGAGCCAUCGAUGUCGCCACCCCGAAAGCCAGCCACUAUCAAUAACAUGGCUCGUGCUACCAAGCCAGUAUCGACUCCAUCGCCUUCGUCAGGUGAUUCUCAGCCGAAGAAAGUAGUUAACAAGAAGCGGCGGAGUACCACCGAAGGGAAUCAGGGUGACAAGCAAAGGAAGUCAAAAACCAUUCGUGCUUUCUUUGCUCCAACCUCAGAUCGGAAUGUGGCCUUGGAUGACUCAGAGUCCUCGGCGACGUUUGUCUCCGCCGAAGAUAGGCCUCUCGUUGGCAGCGCAGAUGAAACUUUGCUCGCGGACGAUGACACAAUGGACCUGUUCCCUACCCAAGAUGCUGAGGAAUUUUUGCAAGAUGAGACACUUUUAAGGUCUCUGGACAGCGGCUAUGCUAGCAGCACGUCCAGUACCAUCUACACCCGACUCUUGCGCACAUGCAGUGAUCCACGACUGGAUUUAUGCUCGGGUGUUAAAAUAAACUAUGAAUAUGCCUGGGAGCUUCAGAGCUUAGCUCUGUCUCUAGGUAUGAACGCAAAGGAGAUCUUCUACAAGGUGCGGAAUAUCUGUCACAGAGACUCGCCUAGCGUGGAAGAGAGGCUGUCUGCGUACAAGGAGAUAGCUGCAGGUCGAUCUUAUGAGCCAUUUCAGCGCCAUUCAUGGUUACCGGCCGCGGGACUACCACCUGAGAAGCGGAACCACCGUUCAUUGUACCAGGAGGUGACCCUCACCUGGAACCAGACCAAAGAUCCUGAGUCAAGUCCGUUCAAGAUGCGACUUCAUGCUCCACGAUUCCAGAAGAGCAACAGAUUUCACCGAAUCUAUGAUGGUGGACGAUUUCUGAUUUUGAAUGUACCAUUUCUACGAGCUAGUGACAUUCCUUCUGGGCUGGGAGAUCCUGAACAAUAUCAUGAAGUGGUCAUCGAAUGGCUGUCCAAUGGACUCAAGAUUGGUGGCCGCUUCUGGCGACCAUUCUUUGUCGAUCAGCCUAAGCAGACCAAGGCCGGAGCAUGGUUCAAUCAAGUGAACCUGUUUGCGACAACUGGACUUGGUCUUGAACAAGAUCCUGUCUCCAUGAAAGACUUUUUGAAUAUGCACGCUCCAUUUGAAGAGAACUUAGCGUCCACAAAUCAUAAGCUAUUUGCUCGAAGCAAAUUGGGCUUGUCAAAAACGACUCCGACGGUCGUGUUACGCAAGGAUGAGUUUCUCGACACUGCCGAUAUCCAGUCGGCGGAAGGCAAUGUAAUGAACGACGGCUGUGCGUUGAUGUCAGUCGGUCUCGCAAUAGCCAUCACCCGAAUGCUUGGUCUCGAUGAGGUCCCUUCUGCCUUCCAAGGGCGAAUCAGUGGGGCGAAAGGUAUGUGGCUUGUGGAUAAGCGCAACUCUAUGCGGCAAGAUCCAGCUGGGAGGGGUUAUUGGAUCCAAGUUACACCCGCACAACUUAAGAUCCAGCCUCACCCACGCUAUCGGGACUGCUCGGAUCACUUCAGGACCUUCGAAGUUUCAGACUGGUCGAAGGCACUGAAGCCGAGCUCGCUGAAUACACAGCUUCUUAAUGUACUCUACAACCGAGGCGUUGGCCGCAAGAUCUUGGCACGUCGCUUAACAGCUCUGACCGAAGAGUACUACGAGGAGCUUUGUGACAGCAUUGAAACGAACGAUCCGCUCCUGAUGCAUCACUGGCUCCAGAAAUAUCACUCUGUGAUGCAAAGACCCGAGCUGCAAUUUGUUGGAGGCCGUCCGGUCAACAAAAUCGAGCAGAUCAAAGUAUAUCUCGACGUUGGUUUCAGACCUCAGGAAGACAAGGCACUGCGUGACCUGUUCAAAGACACGUUGCGAACUUACCUGGAUGACUUCGUUGAGAAGCCGCGAAUUGAGCUGCCACGGUCGACCUUUGCCUACAUGGUCCCUGACGUGUGGGGCUUCCUGGAAGAAGGAACGGUCCAGCUUUGUCUUGGUAGGCCCUGGUGCGAUCCCGAGACUGGCCUCGAAAGCAUUUUCAUUGCAGACAUCGACGUCAUCGUUGCCCGCAAUCCUGCAAAUCAUCCCUCUGACGCACAACGUGUUCGAGCUGUUCAUCAUCCUGAGCUAGCCGGGUACUCUAAUGUCAUAUUCUUCUCUACGCGUGGCAAGCGCCCGCUCGCCGAUUAUUUGAGCGGAGGCGAUUAUGAUGGCGAUCAGGCAUUUGUGUGCUGGGAUCAAGCAAUUGUCUGCGAUUUCAAGAACUACGCGCCCGGUCCACCAGACCAUAUAAAGCCAGAGGAUGUUGGCUUGGUGAAAUGUUCAACCAAGCUUGCAAGCGUUUUCAAGGAUGGCAUCGACGACCGCACAGUACAGGAGCACUUACGGACUUGCCUAGACUUUGCCCUUCGUCCAAGCUAUCUUGGUGUUGUCACAAAUACCCACGUGGCGCACGUUUAUCAUCAGUCCCUGAGUGGUGGUUUCGGAGGGGGUAUUCGUGCCCUUGAGUCACACGGCGCUAUGAUGCUGGCCGCUCUAGCCUCGUUUCUUGUGGACAGUGCCAAACAGGGCUACAGUCUACCCCACAAGGAAUGGCUGUCUUUGAGGAAGAAGCUCUGCGGUCCGAACCAGCUUCCCAAGCCCGCUUUCCUCAAGUCAGAGAUCGAAGUCCCCGAUGAAUUCCAGAGCCAAAACAUCAAUGAUCAUCUGCGGUUUGACAUUGCUCGAGUCCAGAAAAAGACGAGACUUGAUGAAUGGUGGAGGCUUGCGCAGAAAUGGCCUUCAAAACAAGACCAGUCUCUUCUGAGGCCCUUCCGUGCGGUUGAUAAGCGAGUUGAUGCCGAAAGGAUGGCGAAGCAACCUCACAAUGAUGUCUACCGACAAGUCUUCCGCCAGUUGAAAAACAGCCUUGAUCUCGUUCUGGAAGAAUGGAAGAAGAAAGUGGGUGGACCUCAACAAGGCAAGGACUUCAGCUCAGGGCUCAAAGCAAUCAAUGAGGUUUACGCUUCUUACAAGAAGAUCGAGCCACUGAAGGUGUCCGGCAAAGAAGAUCACGUAUUGUACCAAUUGCUCGAAAUUGGUGAAGAGGCAGGCUUUUACAGCUGGAGUUUGACUGUGGCAUCCUAUUUGUACCGACACUACUACUCUAAUCACUCACGUUUUGUGUGGAGUAUGGCUGGCCUCGAUCUCUGCGAACUCAAAGCCAGAGAUAUGGGGCGUGCUAUCCCCGUGAUGGACAGAUCAUACGGAGCAAUGAAACUGAACUCCAGGAGCGUCAAACUCCUGAGCGAGAUGACCGUUGUCGACGAUGAAAAGUUGGACCUUGAGAUGAUGGACGAAGAUGACGAAACGCAAUUUUUCGACGCGCAGGCCUCACUGGGAGGCAGUCCUCGACAGACUAUCGCGGACUAUUUCAACUCAUGA